ACUCGGGAGCCCUACUCCGAUUUCAGAGCGCUCUCGUCUGGAGGAACCCUUGCUCUAGAUGACAUGAAAACAGCCUAACUAGGCCGAGUAAAAUUGUCAGUGAGGUGUUCUCUCAUUUGUGUCUGGAAGUAGCUGGCAAGCUAGCCAACUUUAGCAAGUUAGCUUGGGUGCUUGACUGCCAUUGUUAGGUCGGAACACUCGGAUCAACCCUAUUCCUCAGCCAGAGCAUCCAUUGUGCACUCCAAGAGCGAACCGCUCUGAAUUUACAAACUGGACAAUAUGACAACUCUCUGAAUUUAAGAAUGCCCAGAGUUUACUCUGGCACUCCAGAGUGAAUUUACGAACGUACCCUAAAUGUGAGCAAUGAACAGCAAGCAGCAUAGCCUAACCUUUUUCAGUUUCACAAUUUUGAUUCUUGCUUUGUCAGUUACCUAAGGAGGGACAUGUGUCAAAUGCCUUGGCUUUAUGACAGCGGUGAAAUGGUCUCAUUUCAGCAGCACUAACAAAGUUGAACUGCUGGUUAUAGCAGUUUACAUAGUGCCUUUUGGAAGGAGGAAACUACAGUAUGUGUAUCAGUACAGUAUCACUGCAAUCACCACGUGAUAUGAUCGAGAAACCACGAAGGGACAGCUAGAUGACAGUUUUGUGUUUCUUUUCAUUUUCACUGUCUAUACACUCUGUUUCUUUUCUCCUGAUCAUCUCGUCUGUCCAUCUGCUGUUUAGGCCUGCUUAAUUUACUGCACUGUGAUAUAAAGGCCUGUUUUGCAUUUGCAACAACAAAUGCAAAUGAUUACGUACAAAUGCAUGAGAACUGGACAAGAUGGGACCCUAUUAUUCUGUUCUAGCCAGGUGUGAGCUGUGACGCGUGUUUAAAAGGGAACUUCAGAGGGCGCCGGUACAAGUGUUUAAUUUGCUACGACUACGACCUGUGCGCAUCGUGCUACGAGAGCGGAGCUACCACAACGAGACACACGUCGGAGCACGCCAUGCAGUGUAUAUUAACCAGGGUAGACUUUGACCUGUAUUACGGCGGCGAGGCGUUCUCAGUAGAGCAGCCCCAGAGCUUUUCCUGUCCUUACUGUGGUAAAAUGGGCUACACAGAGACAUCCCUACAGGAGCAUGUCACCUCAGACCAUGCAGAGACUUCCACAGAGGUGAUCUGUCCAAUAUGUGCUGCGUUGCCGGGCGGGGACCCCAAUCACGUGACUGACGACUUUGCUGCUCAUCUCACACUUGAACACAGAGCACCUAGAGACUUAGAUGAGUCCAGUGGCGUCCGGCACGUGCGUCGGAUGUUCCACCACGGUCGUGGGCUGGGCGGUCCUAGGGCACGCAGGACCAACAUGCACUUUACUAGCAGCUCCACUGGGGGGCUCUCUUCCUCACAUAGUUCCUCUUACUCCCCCAGUAACAGGGAAGCCAUGGACCCUAUAGCAGAGCUAUUGUCUCAACUGUCGGGCGUGCGGCGCUCGGCGGGUGGCCAGCUCAACUCGUCGGGCCCGUCUGCGUCUCAGCUGCAGCAGCUACAGAUGCAGCUGCAGCUGGAGCGCCAGCAGGCCCAGGCGGCCCGCCAGCAGCUGGAGACGGCCAGGAACGCCACACGACGCUCUAACCCCGGCGGCAACAUCAGUGCCACCAUCCCACCUCCCAGCGCCAACUCGGUUGGCGUGGCCGAGAGCAAUCCCAUGGCCUCCCACAGCUCCCAGUUCCUGCUCACACGUUUGAAUGAGCCCAAGAUGUCGGAGGCGGAGCGGCAGGCGCUGGAGGGUGAGCGCGCCGACCGCAGCCUGUUUGUCCAGGAGCUGCUGUUGAGCACGCUGAUGCGCGAGGAGAGCUCCUCUUCGGACGAGGACGAGCGGCGAGACUUUGCCAGCUUUGGGGCCAUGGGCUGCGUGGAUAUCAUGCCUUUAGACGUGGCCCUGGAGAACCUCAACCUCAGGGAGAGCGGUACUGGCGGUUACAACAGCAGCUCUAGGAGCUCUAAGGAGCCUCCACCACCUCCUCUUUGAUGAUAUCCCAGCACCACGCAGACUUUGUCCUCUGUGCUGCCACUGCCAGUGACGGGCGGGCAGCAGGAUCUUUUGGGGUUUGUUUUUUGGUGAUUGUAAUUUCAGGUCUGUCACCUUUGUUACAUUUGUGUACAACCAUAAAAAAGGAGAGCGGGAGCGAUUGGGGAAAGUGCAAGUGGAUGAGUGCACAGCGCUAAGUGAGCGAGAGAUUAUAUAUAUAUAUAUAUAUAUAUCUCAAAUGUUGAUAAUCAGUUCUACACAACUAAUUUUUUCCUUUAGCAGGUAAGCAUUAGGUAGAUGUGGCAGAUCUCUCUUCCUGUUCUCAUGCAAAAUGAUCUCCUUAUAAAUACCCCACAUUCAAAACCUGAAGAGGAACCAGACACCCUAUGGUGAAGCUGCUGUGUGUAUUUAUGACUUAACAAAUAAAAAGUGCUUGGAUGGUUAACCAUAAACUACUGCAUGAGGUUCUUUGCAUCGUGCAUGACUUUUAAUGACCUCAUCAUUAAAAAGGGAGAGAGAAAAUAUCCCGACGCUUUCUCUCGCCAACCAUUUUAAACGGUUACUUGAAACAUGAUUUGAGUUUUUCCGAAAAAUGUGAUAUUGCAAAAAAAACUGACAUGCUGAAUAAUUUAGGAACUUUUUAAAACUUUUUUGUUUGAAAUAGAAAAACAACAUAUUGGAAUCUGCAGUAGCUUUAAAAAGAAAACAAUGCAAUGUGUUUAUCUCUCAGCUCCGGUUGGUCCUUCCCUCCUUUGUGACAUCGUCUGACUAUAACAUCAACUUGCUGCACUAACAGCAAAACUCAAGAGAAACUCGAGACAUCUGCAUUCACUUAGCAGAUAAAAUAAUACAAUACUAGGAGCAGAAAAACAAGAUCUUGUCUCUGACAUUUUUCCUAGCUGUUGAUUGUUCUAAUGAGAAGCUGUGUGUAACCACCAGAUGUUGUUUCUAAUUUAUGCACCUGUACAGAAGAACUAGUCUCCCAUUCUCAUCGAUCGCACUCUACUCUUCUCCAUCUCUCUGCUUCUGUAGGCCCAGUUCAUUUGUAUUACUUUCUUUGAGGAAGGGGAGCGCGAGACUUUCCACAUUGCAGGCAUUGUUUUUUGUUCGACUGAAGAAUGAUAAUUUUUUCUCAGCUAAGGAUAGCACCUUCUAUUUAUUAUUUUAGUUUCUCUGAUUCUUUUAAGCCUUGUAAUGAAUCAUACCACCUCCAUGCCUAUACUCUUAUCCUCUGUAAAAUACAAUGAGAUGUAUAUUGAAUUUGUGCGUUAACUUUCAUAAUGGUUCUAGGAUAUGGGCAGACUUUUUUUUAUUUUUAAUGUAAAUUUAGAAUACAAUAAACUGCGCACAGCUUUUGAUGAAACCAAGCCCCUCCCUCUU